GGGGUGUGCAGGUUGGGACAACAGAGACAUAAACAUCAGAAAUAUCAGGCAGUUUUUCAUCCAGCUGAAGAGAUAACGGAGCUGGGGGAGCAGAAGCUGUAUGGCGGUGACAGUCUCCGCGGGAGGGCCGGCUCUCAUCAUGGAGAACGGACAGAGCACCACCACCAAGCUGGGCCUGCCGCCGCUUACCCCCAACCAGCAGGAGGCGCUGCAGAAGGCGAAGAAGUACGCCAUGGAGCAGAGCAUCAAGAGCGUUCUGGUCAAACAGACUCUGGCUCAGCAGCAGCAGUUCACCAGCCUGCAGAUGGCGUCUCUGACGAUGGGCCUGGGCGACGCUCUGUCUCCUCUCCAGUCAGUAGCGGCUCAGCGUCAGAGAGCUCUGGCCAUCAUGUGUCGAGUUUAUGUUGGCUCCAUCUACUACGAGCUGGGGGAGGACACCAUCAGACAGGCCUUCGCUCCAUUUGGACCAAUCAAAAGCAUAGACAUGUCCUGGGACUCAGUCACCAUGAAACACAAGGGUUUCGCCUUCGUAGAGUACGAGAUGCCAGAAGCGGCUCAGCUGGCUCUGGAACAGAUGAACUCUGUCGUCCUCGGGGGCAGAAACAUCAAGGUUGGGAGGCCCAGUAACAUUGGCCAAGCUCAGCCAAUCAUCGACCAGCUCGCAGAGGAAGCACGCGCCUUUAACAGGAUCUACGUGGCGUCUGUCCACCCCGACCUCUCCGAUGACGACAUCAAGAGUGUCUUUGAGGCUUUUGGAAAGAUCAAGUCCUGCAUGUUGUCCCGAGAGCCGACGACCGGACGCCACAAAGGAUACGGCUUCAUUGAGUACGAGAAGGCUCAGUCUUCCCAGGAUGCCGUUGCCUCCAUGAACCUGUUUGACCUGGGGGGUCAGUACCUGCGGGUGGGGAAGGCCGUGACUCCGCCCGUACCCCUCCUCACGCCGACGACUCCGGGAGGCCUCCCUGCCGCCGCCGCCGUGGCUGCUGCCGCUGCCACCGCCAAGAUCAGUGCUCAGGAGGCAGUGGGAACGUCGGUGCUCGGAGCUCUGGCUGGACCGGCGCUCCUCUCUCAGCAGCUUGGAGGACUCCCUCAGGCUGUAAUGGCUGCUCAGGCUCCAGGUGUCAUCACAGGUGUCACCCCAGCUCGACCUGGCCUGCCUCAGGUGGGUUUAGUGAACCCGGUGCUUGCAACACCAGCCUCUUUUGGCUCUGAGGUGAAGAGGAGAGAGGAGGAGGAGGAGGAGCAGCAUCAGCAGGAGGCACAGCCGGAUGGAGCCAUGGAGCCCCUCAGUGAGCAGGAGCACAUGAGCAUCAGCGGCAGCAGCGCCAGGCACAUGGUGAUGAGGAAACUGCUCCGGAAGCAGGAGUCCACCGUGAUGGUCCUGAGGAACAUGGUUGGUCCCGACGACAUCGACGACGACUUGGAGGGCGAGGUCACCGAGGAGUGCGGGAAGUUUGGCCGGGUGAAGCGUGUCAUCAUCUACCAGGAGCGUCAGGGCGAGGAAGACGAUGCCGACGUCAUCGUCAAGAUCUUCGUGGAGUUUUCGGAAGUGGCUGAGAUGAACCGAGCGAUCCAGGCCCUCAACCGCCGCUGGUUCGGAGGACGCAAGGUGGUGGCAGAGGUCUACGACCAGGACCGCUUCGAAAUGACGUUCUCUAAACGCCGUUGGAGCACUUGAACAUCGGGCGGUCACACGUGGGUUCUCCUCGACGUCCCUGGAGACUCAAACCCUGGAUGAAGCGUCACAGGUGGAUGGUGUCUGCAGGUGUCCAAAAUAUGUGAAUAAAACUCUGCUUUUUGCUUUUUGUUUUUUUUUUAAACAAGUGUGGGCUUUUAUUCAUCCUGAGCUGCUGUUUGAUUCGCUGACAGUAAUAUCUUUUCACAGCAAACGAGUCGAAGCAGAGAGACGUGUCCUCAGCUGCUGUCCGUCCGUCUGUCCUCCUGAGAUGUGAGCGUCCACAUUACCUCUCAGGCUUUAUAUCAUAAUGUAGAUGUUGUUUUCCAGCAGGACACCAGGAACAGUUCUGUCAUCGUUCAUGGUUAAACUUCCAUCCAAACAUUAUCUUUUAUUUGAUCAUCAACUCUUUAUUCUUUAUUUUUCACCUCAUCAGCUUCCAUGAAGUGGACGCGUCCUCACAGAAACAACAAUCAUAAAACCAAACAGUAUGAAAGUCAAAUAUGAAGGUCAGAACUGAGGUGAUUCAGGUGGAAGCAGCUCCAUGUGGCCGAAUUAAAGCCGCCAGCAGCAGAGAGCAGGUUCCAGGUGUCAUCCAGGUGAACACCUGUCUGAUCAUCACGAAGCUGCGCUGUGUCAGUAAUUACACACUCAAAGUUGGGUCAUUUGUCCUCCUUCAUCACUCUGAAUGAACCUGGUGUGACUGUUCGCUGGGGAGGGCGAGACGUCUCCACUCAGGUUAAUCAGAAGUUAAUCAGAAUCGUCCAAGGGCAUCUUGAGUUGAGUCAGUAUGUGAUAGGCCACACCCACUUGCAUCAGUCAAUAUGGCCGUUCAGGUUUUGGUUCAUACUGACCUGCUGAGCGCGUCUGCUGGACCUGGUGAGAAUCUGUCCACGGGGUUUUGAGGUCCAUGGUUUUGGUAUUGGUGGUGCCCCCACAGGUCAGGCUCAAGAUGCUUCUUUUCCCAAACAUGGCCUGAAGGUACGUACCAAAGUUUAUGAUGAUUGGACAAACUCUUAAGGAACUAUGGUCAUUUUCCUGCUAAGCCCCGCCCCUUGAACUUUAUUGGUCAAUACGGUGAAAAUAUCUGUGAACAAACUUCAUGCAGCUUCUGAUUGUUGGUUGAUGGUGUCGUAACGUUGAACCUACAGUUUAGGAUCCAUCAUGGCGGACUUUCAUCAUCCAAGAAACUCUUUUUUUUCAUUGAGCUGCAGGUGUGCGAGAGGGGCGUGGCCUUUCCAAAAUGGCCUUCUCACAUCAUUUCCAGUUUUCGGUCAUAUAGGACGCGACAGGAAGCUCAAACACUUUUAUCAAAAGAAUGAUGUCAUAGUGACGCCUCACAAGUCAGCAAAGAAGUUUUGGUAUUUCUUUAAUUUUUGCUCAUUUACUCCUGAAAAUGUAACGUUACAGAGAAAUACCUGAGAUUCCAGGUUUCUGAGGCUUUAAGUUAGUUUGGUGUCAUCUGGUGGUUAUAUGGUGUAAGACUGUUAGCACUGAUAAUCCAUGAAAAAUACCUGAAAUACACGUGAAUCUGAGGCGGCUUCAGAAACCGUUCAGUCCUCCUCAUGCUAUAGAUUUCAUUUCAAAGAAGAAUCAAAGCACUUUGAAUUCAGUGUGGUGUUUAAUUCUCAUGCAGGUGUGUUUCUGCUUCUCAGUCAGUUUGUAAAGGUUGGUUGGCUGGUUUGUUGUUCUGCAGCUCCUCUCAGGCGUCAUACAGUGAGGCACACCUUGAUGAGGAGGACCUGCAGUCUCCAUUCAGGGCAUAAAACCCCCACCUCAAAAAUUCCCGCACAGAUGUUUAAAACACUGAUCAGACCUGAGCCAGUGAAGCUCCUCGCUCGACAGGUGUGAAUAAAACAGGAAGUCUGGGUCCUACAUUAACACUCCAGCAGUUUUCUUGUAUGUAUAUACGUACACAUAUAUACAUGUAUGUACAUAAAAAGUAUGUAUGUACUUCCAGAACCAAACCUGACCUCACUGAGGGGCCUUCACUGACUGUUUGUACCGAGCAGCUUCAGGUGUGAAUGUGUUCAGCUGUGAAAAACCACUGAAUAAA